GAGGAGGAGACGGACGAGGACGAGUGUUGGGGCAAGUGGAGACCAACGUCGAGCACCACAGCCUCCAACAUUGCUCCUGGCUCGGGUGCGCCCGCAGCCAGCUCCCAGAGCGUCGUUAUGCAGGGGAAAAUUGCGGAUCUAGCCCUGUUCAGGCAGCGAGCCAGCGAAAGGAGGCAGGGGGCAGGGGGUGUUGUCCGCGAUACGUGGGGGACAGCAGCCUGUGACUCCACCGAAGGCCCCAGGCUCAACAGCUAUGGUGCCAAGUACGCCCCCAAAGGGGCCAGCUACACCACCGAAGUCUCCGAUUACACCACCAAAGGGGCCAACCACACCGCCAAAGAGUCCGCCAAAGAGUCCGCCAAAGGCCGCGCCAGCGCCGCCCAACAUCUGGACAGCGCCACCUCCACCGAGGGCCGCUCCGAAGGCUGCCGCUCCAAAGGUUCCGAAAGCAGCGGUCCCAAAGCCGCCGAAGGGCCCGAAGGCAGCGAUUCCAAAGCCGCCGAAGGGCACGACUACAACAACGCCGGCUCCUUUGACAACGCCGGCUCCUUUGACAACGCCGGCUCCUUUGGCAACGCCGGCUCCUGUGGCAACGCCGGCUCCUGUGGCAACGCCGGCUCCUAUGACAUC